UGAUGCAUCAUAGGUUUCGUUUCUGUACAACAUUAAUCUUUUACACCCUCAUAUGAGUCACCUUACUACCUUAACUCUGACUGUGCUGUACCACACAAAAGUGGUUUAAUUCUGGGUAAACCCAGCAGUGGGUGAGUCUUUCAGGAAGUUGGAAACCGACUUUUAAAACGGACAUGGAGCAAGUCUGGGCUGUAGAAGAGUCCUCAGAAAUAAAGACAACCAGCUGCACUAGAGACAGCAAGGAGGUGGGAGAAAAUGCUCCAGCAAGCAGGGAAUAUCCUGCUGUCUGCAGUGAUGACGCUGAAAAUCCAUCGGAAAAAGAAGAUAAAGACAACAAAUUGUCGCUGAUCUCCUGGAACGUGGAUGGACUCGAUCCAGAGGAACAGCCCGCCAGAGCGAGGGGUCUCUGCUCCUACAUAAUCUCACACUCUCCGGACGUGGUGCUUCUGCAGGAGCUCAUCCAACCGUACACGCGCUUCAUGAAGAAGCGUCUGGCGGACAACUACACGUUCAUCGAAGGAGGAAAGGAGGGCUACUUCAUCGGGAUGAUGCUGAAGAAGUCACGGAUCACCCUGCUGGACAGCCAGAUAGUCGAAUAUCCAACGUCUCGCCAGGGGAGGAACCUGCUGGUCGCUCAGGUGCUGUUCAAAGGCCAGAAGCUUUGUCUGAUGACGUCUCACUUUGAGAGCUGUAAGGCCAACGCAGAGAACAGGAAGCUGCAGCUGCGCUUGGUGAUGAAGAGGAUGACGAAGGCCCCUGAUGAUGUCACCGUCCUGUUUGGAGGAGACACCAACCUGAGGGACGCUGAGGUGGCGGACGUCGGCCUCCCCGGCUGCGUGCGUGACGUGUGGGAGCAGCUGGGAGAGCCGGAGCAGUGCCGCUACACGUGGGACACCUUCGCCAACACUAACCUGGAUCAUCGCUACAAGAGUCGCUUCCGCUUUGACCGGCUCUACCUGCGGCGGGCGGCCGGAGACGGCGUCCCGCGUCUGGAGCCCAGCAGCAUGGCCUUGAUCGGGCAGGAGAAGCUCCGGUGUGGCCUCUACACCAGCGACCACUGGGGCGUCUACUGCACCUUCUCAGCUCUGUAGAAAUGCACAAAACUUAAAAAAGAAGUGUCAUUCUGUGUACUUUUGUCUCUUUUUGAGGCGAUAUACUUGCUGAAUUUAAAUCUUAACAAUUUUAAUCUCCAUUUGAUGCCACAAAUGUGGCUGUUUAACCCUGUAUUUUAAUUAUAGGGCAUUAUUUAGGGGGUCACCUUCCAUCUCGUGUUAUGCAUUGUAUUUAUUCCAUUUUCAUCUUAUUUUAUCUUCUUCCUGCUUUUGAAAGGUGUGCUUUACUUCCCUCUAUAGUUUACAUUGAUUGUGGUACUCUAACCCUGUUUUUACUUUAUAUUGACUCCAUGUUUAUGGUCAUUUGAUCUCAUGUGAUGUCCUUAUUUUAAAAUACUUUGUGCUUCAUCUUGUAUGGUAGGUGCUAUACGAACAGGCUGAAGUUAUCAUCACGGUUAUAUUACAGUGGAACAGCUGACCUAUGAACAGUUUGACUAUAAUGUCUUAACCAUUGACACCUGAUUUAAGAGUUAAAUCUGACAUUUCAACACUAAAACUCUUUACUUUCACAUCUGUAUAAAA